UCAGAUAUGUACUACUUUAUUUGUGCACCUACUCUGUGCUAUGAACUGAACUUCCCCAGAACUAUCAGAAUUAGGAAAAGGUUUUUGCUUAAAAGAAUCAUAGAAAUGAUGGUUUUGGCUCAGCUGAUGACAGGCUUGGUACAACAGUGGAUCAUUCCAACAGUAAACAAUUCCCUCAAACCAUUAACUGACAUGGAAAUUCCAUUAGUGAUUGAAAGACUGCUGAAAUUAUCUAUUCCCAACCACCUAAUAUGGCUGAUCUUUUUCUAUUGGUUCUUCCAUUCUUGCCUAAAUGUUACAGCAGAACUGCUGAGGUUUGGAGACAGAGAAUUCUACAAAGACUGGUGGAACUCAGAUUCAGUCUCUGAAUUCUGGCAAAACUGGAAUAUUCCUGUCCACAGAUGGGCACUCAGACAUUUAUACAAACCCCUUCUUCGACGAGGCGUAUCAAAACAAGUGGCUUCUGUGGCAGUGUUUGCUACCUCAGCUUUUUUCCAUGAGUAUUUACUUAGUGUUCCUCUGAGAAUGUUCCGGGUCUGGGCUUUUACUGCCAUGCUUGGACAGGUACCACUAGCAAUGCUGACAGCAAAGUUCUGUAAAGGGCGUCAUCAGGUAGGAAACAUGAUCGUCUGGUUGUCGUUAAUUCUGGGACAGCCGAUUGCCAUCCUAGCCUACGUCCAUGACUAUUACGUCGGAAACGUGCUUCUCUCUUUUCACAACUUAAAGACAUGAAGAUUUUUAUAGAGAUAAUAGAAUAAAAAAGUUAAAUAUAUACAUAAUUGGAAUGAUGUGCCAUAAUAAUUGUCAGGCGAGGUAUGAGAGAUUACGUUGUGAUUGACUGAAAUCUAUGUUUAUAAAACAUUGGAUGGGUUAUAAUAACACAGGUGUAAGAAAACAUGAACUAUUUUCUUAUUACAUGUAUUUGUAUUUGAUUGUACAUAAAAAAGGUUUUAUAUAAAACUGUUUAAUUUUGUAAUAUUUGUACAAUUUUUGCUAUUAUGUACACUUUUUCUAGUACCUCACAAGAAUUCAACUCUUUAGUUUCUUAGGAAAAAAAGUUUUUAAAAAAUAUGUAAUAAAAGAGAGUUUUCUAGGUGAAUUUCACAUGAAGAAGCAAUUGUUGACAUGGUUUUUUGUGUGAAACUGAUGAAAUCAACAUAAUAAAUGUUUGCCUGUGAACUGCAGCAAUGUGUCUUGAAUUAAAGAAACAUUAUAAAUGUCAUUCUUGUUUUUAUAAAUCCUUAAAAUUAUGUGAAUAGAGUGCAUUCAUUACUUCUCUGUAUUUUUGGUUUCAUUAAUGAAUAGAAAAGGUUACUUUAUAAUUUAAUACACAUAUAUGAUGGUACUAUCUUUAUCAUAGUUUGUUUAUGUGCUUUAUCUUUAAUAAUAAUAUGCAGGUGUUUUCGUUGUGCCUUUGACCAAGUAAACCACCCAG